CAGACGCACCCGGUCCCCCUCCCGCUGCGAAUCGAGUCUCCAGGAGGAAAAACGACGGCUUCAGUCGGCACGCGGCGUCGCGACGCACUCCAUCGGUUGCGUUUCGUCUGACCGCGAUCUGACGUGAAUCUCGAUCGUGAUCACAGUGAUACGUCUCUAAGAGGACCGUGAAGUGUACCGGGUUUCCGAUUUCUUUCCGUUCUCUCUGUCUCGACCUCGACGUUCCUCGGGGUUGCUGAUACCUCGGACGAGCAUUCUGCCGAGACUCAAAGGACUCCUACGUACGGGUCGUCGGAAACCAGCGUGAAAAAAGGAGUUCCGACAUUUACAGAAGGUUCACAAGCCACUGUCGCAAGAUAAAAAUUCAGAAGCCCGCGAUUCCCUCUAGAUAGAAUACGCCGGCAAUGGCGGAAAGGUGAAAUGGCGGACCAAGGGAUGCCGGGGAAUCGGGCCAAGGUCGGAAUCGUCACCGAAAUCGUCUAAUUUCCGGGCCCCAUCCCGAUGCGCCUCGCCGUCGUGAAUUGAUGGUGAUUCCGCGAGGAAUUUAUCGCCACCGUCUUAAAUCGCGAUUUGAAACAACGAGCGCUCAGCUACAGGCCGACAUCAAACUCUGCUAUGGCAUCGGGAAGCUGCGAGAACGUGGGAGGAUUUCCAUGCACAGAGGAGACCGGAAAGGAUCACUGGCCGAGCGUCGGCAUCGUUGCAAUCGAUUAAACUCGAAUCUCGGCGAGGGUGCGGUGCUGGUCGGCCGGAUAUGCGCCAUGUCGUCCUACGAGGGGCACGUUUACGAGCGGAAUCUGACUUGAAGACUCGGCGAGGAGCUCGGUGGUCUACGGAACCUUGUCAAUUAAAAUGUCAACGCCCGCGACGGACCCGUUGCCGUCCACCGUGCCCGGGGAAUUGACGGCCGCGCUUCUGCCGACGGUGACCAAGAUCGAUACGCGGCUCGACGUCAAUCCUGUCUCGGUGGUUUUGGCGGUGUCAAUAGUCUGCAUUUUAUCGCCGAUCACCGUCUCCGGCAACUCCAUUAUUCUGGCCGCUUUCUAUCGGUACAAGAGGCUGCGGACUGCAUCCAAUUACCUGCUGGUCUCUUUGGCCGUCAGCGACUUCGGGGUCGGAGUGUUCAUGCCCUUCGGUAUGAAGUUAGAACUAUCCGGACUGCCGGAAAAUGGCGUAUCCACGUUGUGCAUCAUCCCCUACUGCAUAGUGAUCGCUUUGUGCAGCGUGAGCGUGUUGGUAACUGUCGCGAUCGCUGUCGAUCGGCUGACUUCGCUUGCACAGCCGCUUAGGUACAAGAACAUCAUCACCCACAGCAGCAUCGAGAAGUACAUCGCCGUGUUCUGGAUCUAUGCGAUCGCCGUCGGCCUUUCUCCUUUGAUCUACGCGAAAGCUGUUAGCGAAACCCAACCGCACAGCGGCAGCUGCAGGUUCGGAGCGGCCGUGUUGCCACCGGUUAGGGUGUUCCUGGUGGUGGCGGUAUGGGCGCCCAGCGCCCUUGUUCUGAUCGCCUGCUACAUGUACGUCUACCUGGUGGCUCGUGCACACGCGCGUGCCAUUUACACCGUCGAGUUAUCGUUCAGGCAUCAAACGCAGACCUUGGCGUUGCCGCGUUACGGACAAACCCUGGCCGUCACGGUCGGCGCCUUCCUCGUCCUAUGGCUUCCCUUUCAAACCUGCAUGUUGCUGGACAUAUUCUGCGGCACGGACAUCUUGUCGGAAUGGGCAGUGGUAUGGCUAGGCCUGCCUAUCAUGGCGCACAGCGGGGUGAACCCGUGGAUCUACGCGUUCCACCAUGGUGAGAUGAGGGUGGCCGCCGGAAAGAUCACGAAAGAAUUGGUGGCACUGUUCGGCGUGACUCCCAGCAGGACCGGUUGUUCUCCGCUGAGACGAGGAUCGGACACGAACAUGGAGUUGGCGGAGGUGAACAGCCACGACGGGAGAAGGUAUCCGGGGGAGAAUCGUUUCGCGGCGAAGCAAAACGGCGGCCUGUACACGAGCAGACGAGGCUUGAACGUUUCCGGAAGGCACACGGACAUCUCUCCGGAGGCGAACCUCGAUCAAACGUCCUGCGGUAGCAGGCAGGUGGACAUCGUCGAGGAAGACAUCCACGAUCUGGCGAAGAUGCUCGAUCUGAAGUACAUAAUCGAUCGCAACCUCAUGAUCGACUCGAACCACAACAUCGACAAGGUGAAGAACCUCAAGUAUCUUCUGGACCCGACGUUCAACAAGAUCAGGCACCUGAGACGGCUGAACCAUAAGAGAUUCACCAGCAAGAACUUCUCGAAGCCGUCCGAGCCGAAGUUCACCUCUUAUCAGAACCUGAAGACCGACGGGACCUUUACCCGGAAGCCGUUGCAGAUGAAUACGAUGUCGGACCCGGUUCUUAGCGCCGACAGCCCUAUGGUACACGCCAAGGACUUUCACGACGCUCUUGCCGCGUCUAAUAGCAAGCGAAGGAACUCGAACUUGUGCUCCAUGUCCGAUCCGAACAUCAAGGCGGCCACUGGACAGUCCGAGAUAAAUCUGAGGCUUCCGGCCACCGGCCACGUCGUUGAUACCCACAGGUACUCGGUGCAGAAUCUGGACCACAACAGGAGCGAGGGUGGCCUGGCCAAGCAAGCGAUGCUGUCGCGGCAGCUGGAGAGUCACAGGAGGUUCCAGAUCUUCCCUCGGCCGCGAGUAAAAAUCAACACCUUCGGCCGAACGAGUCCGAACCUGAGCUUAAGGCUCCAACAAAGCUACACGUCGCCCACCACGCCGGAGAGCGUCGGCUCCAGCAUGUUCGACAGUCCGAAGCAAAGAGUGUCCCCCAGACACAUGGUGAUCACUCCCAACAGACUGGCGAACCUGGCUCAUCUGGACAGCUCGGCGCGAUGCUUGGAGUCGAGCAUCGACCAAGCAGCCAGGAUACUGCAGGCCAGAAGGAACAUCGAGAUACUGCGACAUUCCGAGUCGAUCAACGUGAUGGAGCCUCAGGCGAGGCUGCUGGAGCCUUACAGGCUCGUAGACACGCUGGCAGUGCCGACGAUACACUCGGAGCCACCCAGCCCCAUAGAUCCUCUUCCCCUGGCAUCGUUGGCGGAGGAAUCCACGAAGCUCGAAACAUCGAAUCCGUGCAUCAACCUGGAGCGUGCUAAAUCCCCGAUGGGCAACAGGAGGAGCCCGGUGAGGAACUCGGACCCUGUGAUCCCGUCGGUCUUGCUGAACAUAGAGGAUUACAGCGACGAUUGUAAACAAACUGACAAGUCCAGCCGAGACGGCUUCCCGAUCAAGAUGCCGACGAACGGCGGUGCCCAGCCCUCGAUAGAGCCCAUAGACCUCUUCGAAGCUCUGAUCAAGAACUCGGAUCCGAUCUUCGCCGAGCACGACUCGACGAGGUUCAGCUCGAGGAGGCCGUCGGACUCGAAGUGGUCCGAGUCCUCCAGGAGCCAGGAGAUCCUGUCCAACGUGACGGAGCACCAAGCGUUCCCUUCCUCCUACUCGGUGAACAACUUCCAGGUCUGCAACAGCGGCAGCGAUCUGAACGAUCUGACCUCCCUGGACCCGUUCAUGUGUCCCGACCCGCUCACCUCGUCGCUGAGAGAGUCCUUCUUCACGUCGUUCGAGGAGAACGAGGAGUCGAUCCUCACGCCGGAUUCCGAGCAGAAUUCCUCGCCCUACGAGCCCGCGGCCACGAUGAACCUGAAGAGGAACGAUGCCUGCCAACAGAGCAGAUCCACGGAGUCAGUGUUCCGCAACAGGUGCUUGUCCACCAUACUGCGGCUAAAACCGUCCCUACAUCGAAGCAUACCCCGGGUCAGACCGAGCACGGACUAUAUCCUGAAAGACACCGCCAAGAAGGAUCAAAGGCUGGCUCCUCUCGCCUCGCCAACGCCGACAGAGAUCUGCACGCCAACGUUCGAGUUCGUGUCGGAGAUCAAGAGCGACAGCGGCGUUGGUGUUAGGGUAUAGGUAUUCCGGGCUUCGAGGGUUUUGGGAAUGUAUUCUGUACAGGGUGGUUCAAUUGGACGAGAUAAUUGUCCGAACGUCGAGCCUGGUUGCGACGAUCAGAGAUAAAGAGGAUUUCGUAUGCCGGAAGCGUACUUUUUCGGUCACUGUCGGAUGUUGGGUCUGCCUUGACACUAUGCCGUCCGGUGGCACCACGCUGGUGCCAUGCAAAAACUAUCUGUUGUAUGCCGGUGGUACCACUUUG